GGUCCCGGUCCCGCCGUCGAACUGAACCUGUUUUCCAUUCGCGCCGACAUAAACCCGUAGAGCAAAUAUCUCCGCUCUGCAUUCGGUCCGUUUCGCAGCUUUGUGUCGUCAUGGCGCGUCGCAGAGUCUCUCCCGCCGACAGAGAACAUUUCAGGAGAUAUUUGGAAAGAAGUGGAGUUGUGGACAGUCUCACCACUGUUUUUGCGUCUCUGUAUGAGCAACAAGAGAAGCCUGCCCAGGCUCUGGAAUAUGUGAAGGAGCGUCUUGGUGCCGUGACCCUGACUUCACCACACACACGGGCUCUGCAGCAGGAGGCGAACGACCUGAGACAGAGGUGUGAAUGUCUGGAGGAGGAAAACGAAGACCUCAAAGCAAAGCUGCAGCGGUAUGAACCAGACGCUCCAGAAGACGAUGAACCAGAAGCUCCAGAAGAUGGCGCCGCUGCCAACUAGAGCUCAACAACAAACUGGUCUUCGUUUCGAUAGACGUUUUGUUUGUUUAUGCUGCUGUCAGUUUGAAUUUAAAGAUCGGACGACACUGUAAAAGGUGAAAGUCGAAUGUUUUAUGUGGCUGCGACGUUUAUCUCUAAAUGUUAACUUUAUGCUUUUCUUAUAUUCUAACUUAUUCUGUAUAUGUUUGUAUGUAUCUUUCCUGAGGGUUCAGUCUCGAAACGCGAUCACGUGUUCAUUGUGUAGGGAAGUCACAUCGUUUAAUCUGUUGGAUUUAUGCAGCCUGUGGUCUGAAACUGGCAUGAGGGGGGGAAACAAACCUACAAUUAUUCUAGCUCUGCUGGCAAUUUGCAUUUCUUUACAAUACUCCUACGAUAUCUUAACCCUGAUCUUUUAUCACUGAUCAUGCAAAAUGCAUUCAGAAACAAUAAUACAUUAAACUACAGAAGUGAAGACGGCCGGGGUCCAAGUAGGUCUUGCGCUAUAAUAGGUUAAUUGUUUCCAGAAACAAAGUUUGUUGCCAUUGUGGACAGUUAUGUUCUGCUGUUUGCUUACCAACAUGCUCAGAAGUCUAGUUUAAGUUUUGAAACCCUCACUGCACAGCUUUUAGUGGCCAAUACCAGAUUUCUCUGAGGCCUGAGCUCCUCAUUCAGAUUUCCACAGGGUUGCACAAAAACUGAUUCAUGUUGAGUUUUUCCAUUGAAAAAGUUAUGGACAUUUACCAUAAAAGAAAACAAGUACUGCAGACUUCUCAAUAGAGAUGCAGCUGCAUCUCAACGCAGUACAUCAUGAAAAGUCUGAUUUGGACUUGAAUUCAAAAAGUGAAGCUCCUCUAGAUAAGUGAUUAUUUUUCAAAGGCUUAUUUGCUACUUUUACUGAUAAUUUAAGAAAAAAUAAAAAGCUUAAUUUCUUGAGCCAUUAAAAAAAAUGAGUAGGUUUUAAAAAUCCUUGAUGUCUUUUAGAAAUUUGUGAACGCAACCAAUCCAGAAAAGUUCACAGCUCACUGAUGCACAUAGGUCAUGACCUUUUACUUUUAUAAGUUUAGAUACAUAUUGUGAAUAAACUAGAGCUAUGUUAUAAGAGGGAAAAGCAUUUUUUUUAUUCACUAGUCUUUACUGCUUUGAGUUUAAAGACAGACAGUCUGUAGCUUUGGUGGGGUUUUUUCAUACAUUAUAGCAAUCCUGUUCUGAUUGGACGGUAAAUGUUAACAGAUGUUCAGUGUUUUUGUUGAAACAGCCAAACCAAAUUCAUAAACAAUAAA